AUGAAACUACAUAAUUCGAAAUUCAAAUUAGGUAUUUAUUUGUGUUACUUUAUUAUUGUGUUUAUUAUUAUUGUCAAAAAAUGUACAUUCUUGUUAUUACGAUUGCAAAUACAUCCACAAAUCAGAAUCAGACCAGAAAAUGAACAUCUGCCAAAUUAUGCAUAAAGAAGAAGCUCGGCUGAAACAAGCUUACACAUCACCAUACAGAAGACAUCUGAUGGCACUAGAGACAAAUUACGACAUCAGCAAGCAGUCACAGCAGACUCCUCAGGCAUGGAGGAGGCGGUGGUUCGUGCUACGUAGGGGCCGAAUGAGCGGCAAUCCUGACGUCCUAGAAUACUAUCGCAGCAAGAGUGCCAAGAAACCCAUCCGCACCAUUGACCUGCGGGAGUGUGAGGUCCAGAUGCCCGCUGAUUUGCAGCUUAUUAAGCGCAAUUUCCAGAACCAGCACCUGUUCCUAGUCAAAACCUCUUCCCGCAUCUUCUACUUGGUUGCCAAGACAGAGGAUGAAAUGAAAAACUGGAUACGCAAUAUUAGUCAAAUCUGCCAUUUUGAGAUACUGAAUGAUAGUGCAGACUCACUGGAUUCUGCCCAGCAACACUCACCUGCCCAGUCGCCGGGCACACUCCACACCGUCAGUGCGGACCUUCCACCUAACGCUGAUGCCCCGGAUGUGAACUGCAGCGACUCAGAAUCCAGCCCGCCGCUGGACUAUCUCUUUCUGUCACAGUGUAAGACAGGAAAGGUCCCGAUGACCAGAUGCAACAGCUGUUCAAACUCGGACAGAUCCAUAGAGUGCAGCUCUUCAGAAAACACCUUUGAAGAUUUUCCUUCCUCACCCCUCUGUUUAAACCCAUUUUCACCUUCGCUGCCAGUGGCCCCCACAGAGCCUCCCCUCAGUGCCUCCUCCUCUAUCUUGUCACAGAGUUGCCAUCCUUUUCCAGAUGUGUUCAAGUUUGACACUUUAUCCUCUGGCUUGAUGCUAAAUGGCUUCAUGGACAGCUUCACCCCUCCACCAAGGCCUCCAAAGCCCAGCCAGUAUAAUUUGGAGAGCGCGUGCCAUGUCACAGUAUCCAGGAGGACCUCACUGGUGGGGCUCGAUCAUUUCAGGAGAGGGGAAUUCGAAGGCAACUCAUUAAAAAGUUUGAAUAAAAGGCUCAGCCUUAAUUUGCCUUCCCUGCUUACGGUUCAUAGUCCUCAGUGGAUUGACUGCAAUGAAGACUCAUAUGUUCCCAUGGAUUCUCGGGUUUCCUCCCCUGUCUCCACUUUGGACAAUUCGUCAGAUGGAUACAUUCCAAUGAGUCCCACUUCUGUGAGCCUCACAUCUAGUAACAGAUCUGAGACCCCUCCCCCUAUCGUGCCACUGCGUGGCUUACCGUACGAAGUCGACCCACCUCCAGUCAAUCGGAAGCUCAAGCCUAGAAUGAGAGCAAGACCGCCGCCUCUUGACCUGCGGAGCCUUUCCACAAUCAGAGAAUCUGAAACACACUUGCCUCUGACAAGGACUCGAACAGAACCCAGCAGCUUUGCGCACCGUCUGCCACUGAACAACGAAGCAGCAAUGACUGGGCCUCCUGGAAGCCUGGACAACAGCUGCCUCUCAAAGGGCUUGAACCAACACUUCUUCCCAACAAAUGGAAAUGCAGUUCUCCCUUGGCUGAGAAGAGCGAGCCUUGACUAUCUUUCCCUGGACUUCAACUCUGCCUCUCCCUCGCCUGUCCAGAUGAAGCCCAUUUUUGCUGAUGAAGACAGAGUGGAUUAUGUACAAGUGGAUGAACAGAAGACACAAGCCCUGCAGAACACUAAAAUGGAGUGGAAGGAUGUCCGGCAGUCUAAAGUGUAAUGCAUUCUGGGGCACAAGAAGUAUAUGUUUCAUAUAUGGUACAUCAGCCGCAUGUGCUGUUCACCACAAUUGUGAUUACUUUGUAAUAAAAACAGUUAAAAUUCAUAUUUUCAAAAUAAGAGAAAUAUUGAAAUAUUUGUAUGCCGAUUCUGUGGCAGUAUAAUCACCGUACAUACAUUAUGGCUUAGAGCUGUACAAAAUUGCACGAUUAAAAGAAAAUUAACCUAAGAGAGACACUCGACACCGACUGUAGAUACAGUAUCACAAAAACCUAGCAGUGCGUGCCCUGUGAUAUGUAAAUCAAAUUCUAAAACAUAUAUAAUUUCACUGACAAGUCAUUCCAUCUCGUUCUUUCCCCCUUACCCAUCUCCUCCGAGUAGAAAAACUAGAUCUUAUCUACUUAAUUUCUGUUUGUGAGAGAUGAGAGCCAUUUGUGAGAAAGUCACAAAAGGCAGUGAUUAUAGUACAGUGCAUCUUCCAUCAUAAUCUGCUACAUCAGUUAAUGUAAUAGUACAUCAAUGGCAUAUUACUGUAACACUCAAACUCAAAUUCCCUUUAUAGCUAAGAACGUUUUCGGGUUUCUUUCAAUGUUUAGUGGUGCCUGCGGUUCACGAACACAAUCUGCUCCAGGAAAGUGGUCGUGAACCAAGACAAUUCUUCCCAUAAGAAAGUAUUGAAAUUCGAUUCAUUCGAUUAAUCCUACCAAAUAAUAAUUUUUGUUAAUUAAUUUUCUGGUUUUUAUAGUAAAAACGUUAUAGAAAACACAAUAUAGUGUGGCGAUGGGCGGACCGUGGCAUCGCGGGAGCAGAGAGACACAUGGGGACUUGCUUGCUGGGGAAAUCACGCUCCUUAUUAACAGU